ACACAGACGAAGAAACCAGAGCUUCUAUCAUUCUACAAUUUGCUCCAGUCUCAGCACUUGCCAUUUUACAAUGAAGCUGCUCACUGGCGACCUCAUUCGACUUGUCGAGACGCCCAAGGAGCGCGCGGCUGACGCGCUCGCGCACCUCGGUGGCGUCGAAGGCGUUGCCGCGUCGCUCGGCGUCUCGCUCGACAUUGGCCUCGACAACGACAACACCGCGGACCUCGCGCAGCGCGAAGCGACCUACGGCAAGAACUACAUCGAGCCCGAGAAGCCCAGCACGAUCUUCGAGCUCAUGUGGCAGGCGUUCCAGGAUUUGACGAUCAUCAUCUUGAGCGUCGCUGGUGUCUUCUCGCUCAUCCUCGGUAUCGUCGCGCCGCACGACUCGGGCCCGAAGAACCCGGUCAACGGCACGAAGGUCGAGAGCGACGAGCCCAACAUGGCGUGGAUUGAAGGCGUCUCGAUCCUCUUUGCCGUCUUCAUCGUCGUCUUGGUCACGGCGCUCAACGACUACCAGAAGGAAAAGCAGUUCCGCGCGCUCAACGCGGUCAAGGAAGACGAGAAGAUCAAGGUCAUUCGCAACGGCGUGCCCGCCGAAGUGAGCAAGUUCAACUUGGUCGUCGGCGACGUUGUCCGCGUCGACGUCGGUGACAUCUUGCCUGCGGACGGCCUCGUGUUUGACGAGAACGAGCUCAACAUUGACGAGAGCGCGAUGACGGGCGAGUCGAUCCUCCUCCGCAAGAACCGCAAGAACGCGCCGUUCCUUCUCUCGGGCACCAAGGUCAUGGAAGGCGUCGGCAAGAUGCUUGUUGUCUGCGUCGGCGAGUCGUCGCAGGCCGGUAUCAUCUCGAAGCUCAUCAUGGGCAAGGGCCACAAGCCGGCGUACACGCCCGAUGCGAUCGAGGACAACUACGUCUCGGUUGCGACGCCGAACAACCAAGCGCCCGAACUCGAUCUCGAGACGUCGCGCCGCAGCACGUCCAAGGACGAUCGCGAAGAUGAGGAGGCGGUCUCGCCGCUUCAGGGCAAGCUCGAUCGCCUCACGGUGCUCAUUGGCAAGCUCGGCCUUGCGGCCGCGAUCAUUGUCUUUGUCGGUCUCGUCAUGCGCUUCUCGAUCGUGACGUUCACCGGCGACAAGGCGAAGGAGUGGUCGAGCGAUUUCCUCUCGGACUACCUCGGCUUCUUCAUCAUUGGUAUCACGGUGCUCGUCGUCGCGAUCCCUGAAGGUCUCCCGCUGGCCGUCACGAUCGCGCUCGCUUUCUCGGUCAAGAAGAUGCUUUUGGACCACAACCUCGUGCGCCACCUCGACGCGUGCGAGACCAUGGGCUCGGCGACGACCAUCUGCUCGGACAAGACAGGUACGCUCACUACGAACCGCAUGACCGUCGUCGAAAGCUACGUCGGCAACACGGAGUUCUCGUCCUCGGCUGACCUCCGCGCUGCGUUGUCGCCGGAUGCCAUGGCCGCGCUCUGCGACGGCAUCUGCCUCAACUCGACGGCCGAGAUCCUCCCGCCGCUCAAGGAAGGCGGCAAGCCCGAGCACACAGGCAACAAGACCGAGUGCGCGCUCCUCCAGUUCGCCACCGAUAUGGGCGUUGUCUACUCCGACGUGCGCAAGGCCGGCGACAUUGGCCACAUGCUCACGUUUAGCAGCACGAAGAAGCGCAUGACGGUGGUCGUCCGCAUCUCGGCGACCACGUGCCGCGUCUUCACCAAGGGCGCCAGCGAGAUCGUUUUGGACCUUUGCACGUCGCAGCUGCAGCUCGACGGGUCGGUGACGCCGCUGGACGAGGCGCAGAAGAACCACAUCCACACGAACGUGAUCGAAACGUAUGCAAACCAGGCAUACCGCACGCUCUGCUUGGCGUACCGUGACAUCAACGCGUCGAUGGAAGACAUCAAGAGCUUGGCCGACGAAGACCUCGAGCGCGACCUCACGUGCGUGGCCAUUGUCGGCAUUGAAGAUCCGGUCCGCGACGAAGUGCCGGGUGCGAUCCGCCAGUGCAACAAGGCCGGCAUCGUUGUGCGCAUGGUGACGGGCGACAACAUGGCGACGGCCAAGUCGAUUGCGCUCAAGUGCGGCAUCCUCUCGCCCAACGACGGGUCGCUCGUCAUGGAAGGCGCCGAGUUCCGUCACCGCGUCUUGGACGCUCACGGCAACAUCAUCCAGAGCGAGUUUGACAAGAUCUGGCCCAUGCUCCGCGUGCUCGCGCGGUCGAGCCCGAAGGACAAGUACACGCUCGUCUCGGGUCUGAUCGCUUCCAACCUUUACCCCCACGGCCCGCAGGUCGUGGCGGUCACGGGCGACGGCACCAACGACGCGCCGGCGCUCAAGAAGGCCGAUGUGGGCUUUGCCAUGGGCAUUUGCGGCACGGCGGUUGCCAAGGACGCGUCGGACAUUAUCUUGAUGGACGACAACUUCAAGUCGAUUGUGAACGCGGUCAAGUGGGGCCGCAACGUGUACGACUCGAUCGCCAAGUUUCUCCAGUUCCAGCUCACGGUCAACUUGGUGGCCAUCACGAUCGCCAUCAUUGGUGCCAUCGUCCUUGAAGAGUCGCCCCUCUCGGCUAUCCAGCUGCUCUGGGUCAACCUCAUCAUGGACACGUUUGCGUCGCUGGCCCUUGCCACCGACUCGCCGACCGACGCGCUCCUCGAGCGCAAGCCGUACCCUCGCACGAAGGCCCUGAUUUCGCGCAAGAUGUUCAAGCACAUUGUCGGCCAGGGCAUCUUCCAGCUCAUUGUCAUGCUCGUGCUCACGUUCGUCCCGUCGCUCAUCAACGUCAAGCCGGGCUAUAAGGACGAGCGCGUCGACAGCAACCCGACCGAGCACUACACGAUCAUCUUCAACACGUUCGUGUUCCUCCAGCUCUUCAACGAGAUCAACGCCCGCCGCAUCCACGACGAGCUCAACGUCUUUGACGGCUUUUUCCAGAACAAGCUCUACAUUGGCAUCCAGAUCUUUCAGAUCACGCUCCAGGCGCUCAUGGUCCAGUUUGGCGGCCUCGCGCUCAAGUGCGCGCCGCUCUCGGCCUCGCAGUGGGCUAUCUGCAUCGGCAUUGGCGCGCUCUCGCUCCCCGUCGGCCUGUUGCUCCGCUGUGUGCACGCCGACCACUUCCCGCAGUUCUUCACCUCGUGCAACGAAGUCGAGGCGGUCCACGAGCCGUCGGCGCGCGGCAAGGAGCUCUGGAUGCGCACCUUUGCCCGCCUCCGCACGCAGAUCCGCGUGAUGAAGGCGUUCAAGAGCUCGGGCGCUCAGCGCCGCCUCCUCAUGGAAAAGGCAAUCUAAAAAUUCUAAUCUAUAUGUACAUUUUUGCUUCAACC